AUUUGGAGAGGAAAAAAAUCUAAUAGAAUUCUUUGGAAUCAACCUAUACCUCACUUACAUGAUAAUAAUGAUGACUUUAAUCAUGAUAUCAAUAUAUCAAAUCCCAUUGGAAAUAUAUUUCAUAUAGAGUCUCAGGUUUUAGAUGAGGAUAGUGCCUUAUUGCAAAGCGAUAAUGUAUUUGAAAAAUGA